AUGGUGGUGAUGGUCUUACCAACUUUGAAAAAGUUGAUUGAGGAGGCUAUUGAGAAGGCUUAUACUUCUCUAAACAAGCAAUACCCUCUCGCUAAACCUCCUUCUAAAGUCGCCUCGUCUGCCGACUCGGCUCUUUCUACUGGCAAGCCUACUAAGUCUACUACUCCCGCGAAAAAAAGUUUUGAAGAGAUUAAAAAAGACAUUAAUGAAGAAGUUACAAAGCUUCCUAAAACCAUAAAAGAACUUGAAAAUGACUCUUCUAAUGAUGAUGUUACUAAGCGUUUAUCUGACUGUCAGUCCAAGUUGGAGGCUUUGCAGACUGUGAAUAAGCUUGCUGAAUUUGCUGAUUCACUUACUAAAAAACCUGAAAAUGAUAAUAUUUUAACGCAUUUAUGUUCCGCCCUCGAGAAAUUCCUCGGCUUCAAUCCAUCUUCCAAAGGCUACGACGGCUCUGGGAUUGUGUACUCUGACUUGGAUAGGCUGUGUGACGGGGUGAUGGCGUUUUUGCUUAGUAUAAUCACUGACGUAAAUAACAACGAAAACCUUAAGAAAUACAAUACUAAUUUGAAUAGCGUACUUGAAACAAUUAAACAAGCUAAAUAUAAUAGAAAAAAUUUUGAUAGUAGUAUUGCCGCGGUCAGUCAGGGGAUUAGGGCGUGGGUGAAGGGGGUGGAGGAGAGGAAUGAAAAUGUAAUGACGCCUUUAAAUGAGCUGAAUGAAUCGAUAAAUGGGCAUAUGGCUCUUGACAUGAGCGGCGCACUGAUAACAGAGCAGUUGAAAAAUUGGCAGGGUUUUUCUAGCAUCUAUCUUGAAAAAGCAUUGGAUGCCGUUGAGGCUCUAAAUGCGAUUGACGUGGAACUCGCAAAGAAAGUACCGCCCGGAAUAAGGUGCGUAAAACAGUUCGCUCAGAACUUUUGGAAUUCCGUUAAUGAUGAGACCGUUAUAAAUUCAAUUGACGAGCUUGACGCAUCGUUAAUUAAGCAGCGGAGUGAGGUUACAAAGCACAUCAGUAGCAGAAUUAAUGAGGUACAGAAAACGUUGAAUAAAAAAUUCGAUAAGAUUACCGCUAACAUUGAUAUUUUUAGGAAACAGAAAGCUACGCACUUAAAAAAUAUAGAGGAUGCUGUGAAAGCAGCCGAUAAGCUGGCGGAGGAUUUGCUUGCUACAACAGACAGAGGUUUUGAGAAGAAGUACAAAGAUGUAAUCGCUCAUCUGUUUACUGAAAUUAAAGAUAAGGUCGAGGACUUCACUGGAAGCGACUCCGGUAAAAGUACAGAACUUCUGACUAAUUUCAACACUGUUAAAGUCGAGGUCGGUAAACUGGAAGGAAAGGUACGACACGGGUUGGAGGAGUUGAAGAGAAAUAUCGAAAAACUUGCAGAUGAUGUUUACGAUAAUGAAAGCAACAUUCUUGUUAGAGAUGCGUUACGUGCACUUCAGCAGGCUAAACGUAAACUCGUUGAGGCACACGGCAAAGCAUCAGCGCCUUCCAAUAGUUUGUUGAAUAAGUACAGCGGUGCGGCUGGACGGUUUCACGAGCAAUUCGAAAUUUUGAUUAAGGGUGUUGAGGCACUUAACACGUCUGCUGUUACUAGUGAAAUGAACACAUUGGCAUCUGCGGUUGGGGUGCAAUUAGAACGUCUGAAGGAUAUUCAUACAACCGUUAAGGGAGAAGUGGACGAGAAGUUUGGCAAUCUGAAGAAUACAUUAAGUAGUCAGAUUCAGGCACUUAAGGACGCCAUAAAGUCGCAGUUGCAGGAGUAUGUUAAAAAGUUUGGGGAAGGUGGCGAUAAUAAUAGUUGGCAAAACAGUGAUUUGAAUAAGUGUCUUACUGAAGCCAGAAAAUUCCUUGGAAAAAGCGCGGUCGUUGAUUUAAUAGAUGCUAUAAAAACAAAUGGGCAAAAGAUUGCUGAAUAUUUGAUUGCCCAGAUUAAAGAUGGUGACAUUGAAUCUCUCGCGGACAACGCAGCCAAAGAAGGUACAAAGCGUUAUCAAGAUGCGCUUGGUAUGAAGAUCAAUGGCGAAUCGGGAACUGGAGACCUAACUGGCGGUAUCAAGGGUGAGAUACAGAAGGAAAUGGACAAACUCAAACAUCCAAAUAAAAAUGGGCAAGGAUUCCAAAAGGCAUUCAGCAAUUUCGAAAAAGCUCUUGAAGCUGUUCGUCAAUCAUCGAAACCUGUCAAAAUCGCAGAGACAGAUGUACAAAACCAAGUGUACGCAUUGAUUGCUGCUGUAGAGAGUCUCGGCAACUCCAUCAACGACUUCGAUGAAGCAGCUAAUGAGCGUAUUAAGGAUGUGGCCGAAAAGGCUAUUGUGGAAGCAGCCAACACUAUCGGCGCAAGUAAUGGUGAUAUUGAUGUGAAAACAUUGAUGACACAAUUUGAUUCAGCUAAAAGUGCAAUGGACCAGGCCGUUCAGCAAAUUCAAAAGGAGCUGACGGAACUUCAGACCCUUCCAAAUACUGUAGAUAAAAAUCGUGAAAAUACCAAUCUUAUUAUGGCUGAAGUGAAAUCUAGAAUAGAGGAGAUAAAAAAAGAAAUCACCGCCAUCAACCAACCCAUCGAAGCCGCUCAAUCAGCCCUCGAAUCAGCCAUUGGGUCAAUCGAAAAUGUAUUGAAAGACACUCGACAAACUGCGAUGUUCGAAUUUGCGGCUCUCCAAGGUAAUCUGCGGAGUCGGGUAAAUGAAUGUUUCGAUGAAAUCGAAGAGUAUAUCCAAAAGAUGUUCGCAAAGGAAAAAAACGUCGAAUUCCUGUCUCUGAAAAAUUCCAUUGUUGAAGAAAUUCCAAUAAUUAGGAAUACAAUUAACGAAGAUACCAAGGCAGGCCUCAAGGGACUGAUGAACAAGCUAAGCGAUGUUAUCGCCGUACUUAAAGGCGCUGAUACCAAUCUAAGCACAUAUUCAAACUGGGUUAAAAGUUUCUAUGAAAAGUUCCUGACGUCCCUCCAAUCCCAGCCCGACCUCUCCGACCACUCCCCUCGUCUCACCCCCCUCACCGGCGCCCUCUCCGCCCUGCUGUCCACAAUGCACGACCACAAACACUUCUCUGCCGCCGUCUCCCGCAAGCUCGCCGACCUCCAAACACAGCUCGUCACCCUCACCCCCUCUGCAUUCUCCCAGGCCUCCCCGCUGCUCAACGUCGUCAAGGCCGGCGUCCAGGCGUUCCACGGGGAGCUCGCGAAGCAGUACGUCAGCAGGUACUCGGGGGAGAGGUUCACUGAUGAGGUGGUUAAAGAUAAGCCUUUAUCUAAUCCUAAAACAGUUAUACCUCCCGCAAAAGCUGUUGACAACACCGAAAUAACCGAGUACAGAAGGAAGUGCGCGAAGGUGUUUUUGACGCUGCUGGAUAUACUGAGUCAUGGUUUCUAUAAGAUGGCAACAGAAUGUCCUAAAUUGUGGAAAGGCAAGCAAAUUAAUACGUAUGAAGAGAAUGCAUUUGGCAAAUGGCUAGAGGAGCAAGGCUACGAAUUGAACUCCGAGGGCGGUAAACAGCAUGGUGAGCUGCAGGACAAGAGAGAGAUGAAAGGUCAAGAGAUUUAUGAGAAGCUGCUUACCAAAAAAUUAGAGAACCUACCACAAGUAGAUUUUGCAAAAUGGAAAACGGAAAUGAUUAGGCAAAACAAAGGUAGCAACCGUAAUAUUAGAGAAAUCAACGUUGUCGACAUUAUGCAAUUCCUCUACGGACAAGUAGAAAAUUUCUACCUUGCCAGUCACUUAAGACAUAUCGAAAGACCCAAAGCACCGUGUAACAUAUAUCAGAUGCUUUGUUGGCUUAGAGGUUUGUGGUACAGUCCCAUGCGUCGUCCCGUUUAUGUACAGAUGAAAAGUCUGUUUGCUAAGCCGACUAAAGAGGACAAGCGAGAUUACGGCGAUAUCAAGUAUCAUGAAUUAAUACAAGAGGCAUCACAAAAGUUCACCGCUGAGACUGUCGCCUACAGUCUCAAUGAUGUCUGCACCCAGGCCGGCACAGUACUGACUACUAUCCUCGGCCACGGCCACCAGGACGGGCGGUAUGCCUGCGAAUUGCUUACCAACCCGGAUGAUCUGGACUAUCCAAGUAAUGCUGGUGCGUGCUUUGACAUGUUAGUUGACAUGUUGCUCAGAGUGCAACACCAGUUGUAUUUCUUGUUCACUCAGUGCUCACGCACCAAUGAGUCCACUAGUUGGCGCAAGUGCUGGUACGGUAAGGACAUCGGUGGGUCCGACUGGAGGUGCAACAGUAUCCAAUGUCCCAACCAAAUAUGUAACCAAAACGGUGACCAAAGAGCCAACCAAAAGGACGGCCAAACAUGUGAAAAGCAUCCUGACUGCGGUCUGAAAUCACCCCUCCAGUCAUUUUUAGAAGACGGUCUGCAGGGCUUCCUUCCACAUCAGUUUAAGAAGCCGGGAUGCAAAUUAGAAUGCACUGCGUCAAACCACAGAGGCAUUCCGUGCAAAACGCCGAUGGGCUUCACCGACCUCAGCGUAACAGCUUCAGACAGAGGCACGGGUGAGCGUCUUAUGAAAGUGUUGAGUAAACUGUGCGGUGACUCAAACAGCCCCCUUAACAAAGUUUGCAGUUACCUGCAGUGUCUUCUCCAACGUCCUCCGGAGACGCUUGCUGACAUGUUCAGCUUCUACUAUCAUCUUACCGAUCGCUGGGGUAUGCAUGGUCAAACGCAUAAACAGCAGGCAUUUGAAAAGAAAGUUAACGCUGCCAAUUUUGAGCGUACAUACGAUGAGUUGAAAGUCUACUACCUAUUUUCCGCUAGUCACUCAGCAGCGUGGAAGGGGCAUGCCGCUGGUAGCCUGGGCAGUCUCGUAUGCUCAUCACGGGACUCCGUCGUAUGCGGUCCUUAUCUGCGUCCCAUCAGUCACGCCAUCUACGAAACGUUCUCGUCAGAACACGCCGAUAAGUAUCUGUCGUGGAUCGUUUACCUGACGGCAUCGUUCUACGAUCUGCUUAAAAAGUUGUACGAUGAGUGCAAUUUCAAAUGCGGUGCCAGGGGGUCGAAUUGCCACGUGAAAGCGUGCGUCAAGGAGUGUCCAACUACAACCAUAGAGCAAGAUCCGCCACGAUAUCACGAUGCCAAAUGCAAAUCCAUUGUAAGCUGUAAUGCCACGCUGCCGACAUUGGAGAAAUACGGCUUUGUUCUCGGCGAUCCGGAGAGGCUGAACGGAAGUGAACGAUCGCAAACGAAACGCACGUGCAGAGAUUUCUGUACAGUAUUUGCGGAGGCAUUUGACAAAGACUCACAUCUUGUGAAGUUUUUCAAAGCCAUUGAUAAUUUCAUGUUCACCAUCCGCGCACCUUUCUUGUGGACCACCGUCGCACUCUGGUCGCUGUCCCUCUUCUACCUCAUCUGCGUCAUGGUUGGCAGACUGGAUGUGCUCCACAUACGCUCGCACCUGAGGAUACCGUCGUCGCACAGGAUAACGGCGCAGUCGCUGUUGGCUGCAGCGCAAGUCGGAAGGCUUGCCAAGAUAUCGUAUCUACAGCCGUGA